AUGCACCGCAUGGCUCACUUCCCGCUGUUGCCGGCUCUAGCGCUGGCGGUCACCUGCGCGUUGGUUCCCUUCACCGUCGCUGACCCGCAGGCUACGCAGCUCAACCUUGGGUGCAGCCAGUACAACGCCACGCCCACGGCCGCCUUCCUCGCGGCCCUAAACUCCACCUUCGCUGAGCUCCGCGCCAACCUCUCCGCCGGCAGCGGCUUCGCCACCGCAGCGGAGCCUCGCGCCGCCGCGCCGGCGUUCGCGUUGGCGCAGUGCCGCCCAUACGUCACCGGGAGGGACUGCGUCGCCUGCUUCGACGCCGCCGCGGCGCGCAUCCACGCCGCCUGCGGGGCUGCUAACGGCGGGCGCGCCAUCCUCGACGGCUGCGUCAUACGGUACGAGAGCGUGGCGUUCUUCGACCAGUCCACCCUCCCUGGCAACACGCAGCGCUGCAACGGCUCCGCCGUGCCCGGCACCGCUUUCGACGGCGCGGUGCAGGCGCUGAUCAACGACCUCGCGGCAGCCGUGCCUCGCUUCCCGCGGCUAGCUGCGGCGGCCGCGGGCACCGGCGUGUACGCGAUGGCGCAGUGUGUGGAGACGGUCGGGCAGGACGGCUGCGCGCAGUGCCUCCAGGUAGCUGCGAGCAACAUUGACCGGUGCCCGCCCAAUUCCGACGGCCGGGCAGUGGACGCCGGGUGCUUCAUGAGGUACUCUGAUAAGCCCUUCUUCCCGGCUAAUGCGACGGCAGACCUGACGCCCUACUUGCGCUCUGGAAAAUCAAGAGGGAAGGGGGCCAUUGUAGGAGCAAUUUUGGGAGGUCUGGCCUUCCUGUUGCUUCUAGGGUUAUUAGCUUUGUUUUGGACCUGGCGGUCUAUGAAGCUAAAGAAGCCUCGAAGAGGUGAUAUACUUGGAGCAACGGAACUGCAAGGUCCAACAAAUUUUAACUAUCACGAUCUUAAGGCUGCAACCAAUAAUUUUAGUGAGAAAAGUAAAAUUGGAGAAGGAGGUUUUGGAGAUGUCUUUAAGGGCUUACUGAAAAAUGGGAAAAUUGUUGCAGUAAAAAGGUUGUCAGUAAUGCAAACUAGCAGGGCCAAAGAAGAUUUUGAAAGCGAGGUAAAGCUUAUUAGCAAUGUUCAGCAUCGAAAUCUUGUCCGGCUUCUUGGUUGUUCUCGCAAGGGUUCUGAAUGCCUCCUUGUUUAUGAAUAUAUGGCGAAUAGUAGCCUUGACAAGUUUCUCUACGGUGAGAGACGUGGAACACUUAACUGGAAGCAGCGAUUCAAUAUCAUCGUUGGCAUGGCUCGUGGCCUUGCAUAUCUUCAUCAAGAGUUUCAUGUGUGUAUCAUACACCGUGACAUUAAAUCUAGCAAUGUUCUUCUUGAUGAUGACUUCCAACCUAAGAUUGCUGAUUUUGGUUUGGCAAGGCUCCUACCUGAUGAUCAUAGUCAUCUCAGCACUAGAUUUGCAGGAACAUUGGGUUACACUGCUCCUGAGUAUGCAAUCCACGGCCAGCUAUCGGAGAAGGUUGACACAUACAGCUUUGGUAUAGUCAUUUUGGAAAUAAUAAGUGGUCGGAAAAUCAAUGAUACAAGGACUGAGGCUGAAACACAAUACCUACUUGAAUCGGCAUGGAAGCUAUAUGAAAAUGAGGACGUGAUUAAGUUGGUGGAUGGAUCGUUAGAUCACGAAGAAUAUAUGCCAGAAGAGGUAAUAAGAAUAAUAGAGAUAGCGCUUCUCUGCACUCAAUCAGUAGUUGCUUCAAGGCCAACUAUGUCAGAGGUAGUUGUGUUGUUGUUAUCAAGAAAUUCUCCAGAGAUACUACCCACAAGGCCCACUUUUAUUGAUUCAAUAAGUAGAGUGCGAGGAGAAACAUCCACGUCCAGUUCAUCCACUGCAUCCAAGGCCACCGCCUCUAUUUCACACUUAUCAGCCAGGUAA